AUGCCAGCUCCAUACAAGAAGGGAUCCGAAAAGAAAGGUGCUACUCUGUUCAAGACUAGAUGUCUACAGUGCCACACAGUCGAGAAGGGCGGUCCAAACAAGGUUGGUCCAAAUUUGCAUGGUGUUUUCGGACGUACCUCCGGUAAAGCCGAAGGUUACUCUUACACCGACGCCAACAUCAAGAAGAACGUUGAGUGGAACGAACAAAACAUGUCGGACUACUUGGAAAACCCAAAGAAGUACAUUCCAGGUACCAAGAUGGCUUUCGGUGGUUUGAAGAAGGAGAAGGACAGAAACGACUUGAUCACAUACAUGGUCAAGGUCUGCAGCAAAUAA